AUGAAUUCGAAUCAAAAUAUUAAAAAGGAAGAUUAUAAAACGAAAGAAUGUCAAAAGCAGACUCAGAAGAAGAGUCCCGAAAAAAAUAUGUCGGAAAUCGACGAGCAUAUACUAAAAAGAUUUGAAAUAAAAAAGAGACUAGGAAAAGGAGCUUAUGGUAUAGUUUGGAAAGCAGUAGAUAAGAAGACUAAGGAUGUGGUGGCCAUUAAAAAGAUAUUUGAUGCAUUCCGGAAUCAAACAGAUGCUCAAAGAACUUUUAGAGAAAUUAUAUUUUUGCAGUCAUUUCGCAACCAUCCUAAUAUUGUUAAAUUGCAUAGUAUACACAGAACCAUGCCACGAAAAUACGAAAGAAAGGAAGGAGUUCUAGCUCGAGUAUGUUCUUGGACUACAGAAAAAUUGCAGUCGGCUUUCGACGAAAUUAAUAGAAAUACAAUGGGGAUAAAAGAAAUAUCCCGACAAUUUGGGAUUCCAUCAAGGACUUUGCGAAGACGUGAUGCUGCUAAAAAUACAACGAAGCAGACACUGGAACAACAACGAAGCACACAACCGCUUCAUUGCGACUCCGCCUGCGGGGCACAUGAGAGCGGUCUACCUAUAUUUAAUAAGAAGAAUUUAUAA